GUUGAGCUUAUUUAUUUACAGUUGGACUUCUUCAAAAUACACGAGGAAUUCGCUAAGUAUACCAAGGAGUACGGUAGCAUAUUCACGGUCUAUCUGCCUAAGCCUCAUGUAGUUAUUACGGAUUUCGAUGGUGUCAAAGAAGCAUUUGUGAAAAAAGGAGAUGACUUCAUUGGACGUUCCGGCAUUUUUCCAGACACUUUAUUCCAGAAUGUUGAGAACGGCGGAGUAAUUUUUUCGCAGGGCGAAAACUGGAGAGAACAGCGUCGAGCAUCGCUACACAUUCUCAGAGAUUUUGGAAUGGGAAAGAAUUUGAUGGAAGAACAGGUACUGACUUGGGUGUGUAUGAAAUAG